AUCGAAUCACAAUCUGGCAAUGGAGCACCCGUUGAGGUUGACGUACGUCAGCUGAUGUACUGACUGACAGGUCACAGCUGUUUCCCCGAUCCUAACCUCAAAAUGCCAAAACAAAUAAGACACUAGUAAAUAAAGUUCUUGUAAAAUGUCCCGAAACAGUAUUAAAAUCUUUCCCGGAGCUUUAGUUUGCGAGGAAUCGAAGCUCAGAGGGGACAUCACCAUUGGAUCUGGCACAAUAAUUCAUCCUGGGGCGACAAUAACUGCUGAAGCAGGUCCCAUUAUUAUCGGAGAAAAUUGUUUAAUUGAAGAGCAGGCUAAAAUAAUCCAUAGGCUUCCUUUUGACCAACAAAAUAAAGAAAACACGCCAGUACUAAUUAUUGGUUCAUACAAUGUGUUUGAAGUAGAUUGCACAGUAGAAGCUCCAAAAAUUGGUAGCAACAAUGUAUUUGAGGCAAAGUGCUUUGUUGGCAAUAAAGUAACUGUCUCAAAUGGCUGUACAGUGGGUGCGGGUUGCAGGGUGACCGCAGAACAAAUAUUGAAGGAAAAUAUGUCUAUUUUUGGAAGUGAUUGUCAAAUGAGAGAGGGAUUAGAUAAACCUGUGCCCCAAUUAUUACAGAUGGAAGUCUUAAUGAAAAUGCUACCGAAUUAUCAUCAUAUAAAAAAACCAAACAAAAAACUUUAAUUGUAUAAAUAAAAAUGUGUAUGUAUUAAUUUAUAACAUAACUUUCAAGCACAUUGCACUUUUAUAAUUUAUUUUAUCAUAAAUGUAUAACCUUAAAUUAUUCAAUGUUUAUACAGUGUAUCUUUUAGCAUAAACAUCUACAAAUCCCUACCUAUCUUAGAACAAUUGGUAGUUUUAAGAUCUGCUUAGACCACCCUGUAUAUGUAUCAGAAAAUCUAAAUAAAACAUUUUAAAUCACUUAAUUAAAAAAUUGAUCUUUCUA